ACACAAAAUUUAUUCAUGCAAUCAACUCUUUCAAUGAACAUGAACACACAGCACAAAAUUAUUAUUAAGGUGUUGAAUUUGCAGCUGAAAUUAGAAUCCAUAUAAUCAUCUGUUGAGGAAACGAAAAUCACACUUUCAUAAGAGAUAUUUUUCUUUCAUUGUAGAGCAGAAGAGUGAUACAUCCCCCUCCACAACCUCACAAUAUUUUGAGGUGUGCUAAAGACAAUUAAGCAUUUAUCAAAUGCUCUGAGUAAUUUGCAAAUGUGGAGCCAAAUUGCACAUGGCAAGUGCUUACAAACUACAACAUGACAAUGGCUGUUAACUGUAUUUUGUGAUCUUAAAGAUUUCCUAGAUGCCUUAAGUGCUUAGAGUUCCAUUUCUCACUACUUUAGCUCCCCUAAUUGAGCCUCACAAUCUAUCAGUGCAAUACUAAAAAAAAAGUUAAUUCUAUGCGGCUGUUAAGAAUCCAUCCAGUCAAUAUAUAAUACAAUUUUACCCCAGUACAAGAGUUAAAAUAAAAUGGAUAAAGACAUAAGGGACAUUGAGAUGUAGGAAUAGGACUGUAAGUAUUUUACUUCCAUUAAGGAGAAAAUCAUGACAUAACCUGUUCCCAUGUUGGUAAAAUUUACGAAUUUCCAGCUCAGUAAGAUCAAAGGAAAAACCUCUGGUGUAAAGGCCAGUGGUCCGGAUAAAAAAAUAUUAUCUGGCGAACAGGAACCAGAAAUAGAGUCCCUUUUCUGUUUGCCAAAAUGUGAUGGUGUGCAACAUGGGCUUCAAAUUGUUAGACUUUAUAUGAGGGCACCAAAGCCAACAUUAUUAAAUUUGCUGGUGCUAAAUAGGAGGGCAUGGAGGCUACAAAAUAAUUUUCAUUGGAUUAGUGGAUGGGCAGAGAUGUAACAAACUAAAUACAUUGUGAGAGAAUGUGAAAUGUGGCAAGAGAAAUAUAAAUACAUAUAAUCUAAAUGGUGACAGAUUGCAGAGCUCUCAGAUGCAGAGAGAUAUGGGUCUUUUGAGUGCAUGAUUUGCAAAAAGGCUAAUAUGCAAAUUCAGCACAUAAUUAAGCAAGAAAACCAAACACAAAAGUGGAGAGGUUAUGCUUCCAUUAUAUGGAGCAUUCUGGAGUACUGUUUACAGUGCUGGUCUCAUUAUUGAAGGAUAGAUGUAAGUACACCACAAGCAGGUCAGAGAAGGUAUACCACACCGAAACCUAGAUAGAACAGGCAGGUAUUCUCAUGAUGAAUUUCUGGAAAGGUUAGAUUUGCAUCCACUAGGACAUAGAAAAGUGAGACAUUAAGAUCUGAUAGGUUUUCACAUGAUGGACAUGAAGUGCAUGUUUGAUUUUGUGGGAAAAUCUAGAAUGGGAAUUACUGUUUAAAAAUGAAGAAAUCACCUGUUGAAGACAGACGAGGGUUUUGAGUCUUUGUAAAUCUUCCACACAAAAUGCUGGAGAAAAUCAGCAGGUCAAACAGCAUCUAUGGAAAGGAAUAAAGAGUCGACAUUUCGGGCCAAUACCCUUCAUCAGGGCUGGAAAGAAAGGGAAAAGAAGCCAGAAUAAGAAGGGGGGAGGGGAUGGAGUACAAGGUGAUAGGUGAAGCCAGGUGAGGAGUUAGGUAGCUGACCGGGAAGGGGGUGAUGAAGUGAAAGCUGGGAGGUGAUGGGUGAAAAAGGUCACAGAAGAAGGAAUCUGAUAGGAGAGGAGAAUGAACGGUGGGAGAAAGGGACGUGGGGUGGGGUGGGGUGGGGUGGGAAACCAGAGGAUGGUGAUAGGCAGCCAAGAAGUGAAGGGUUGAGAGAAUAACCAGAAAAAGAGUUGAAAAUGAAAGAAAGAGGAGGGGGAGAAAUUACUGGAAAUAAGAGAAAUUGAUGUUCGUUUCAUCAGGUUGGAGGUUACCCAGACAGAAUAUGAAUGUAUUGAUCCCCCAACCUGAGAUGUGACCUCCUUGCGGCAGUAGAUCAUCGUCACAAAGUGGUAGAAGCAUAGUCUUUGAAUACUUUGAGCCAAAGGUAUGUACACUUUUGAUUAAAGAAAAAAAAGUUAAAAGUUACUGUGAUCAGAGUGGGAUGCAGAAUUAAUGCUGGAAUCUGAUCACCCACCAAUCUUAUUAAAUGAUGAAGCAGGCUUGUUGGACACACAUCAUCUCCUAAUUUGAAUAUCCAAUGUAUAUUAAUAUUUGGAACCAUUCUCAAGAUCUAAAUUCUUCUGUUUACUUAAUUAAUAUUGUGCACAGGGUCUCUGUGAAAUUAUAAACAUCACACAUUAGGGACAAAAGCUUCGGAUAAAGGCUUCAUCGGAGCUUUUCUUACCCAUACAGUUUCCUGGGUGAGGGAAUAACACUGUAUAUUUAACACUUAGAACAUAUAAAACAGGUGCAGAUGCAGGCCAGUUGGCCCCAAGCCUGCUUUGCAAUUCAGUAACACAGCUAAUCCAGUCUUGGCUGUAAUACUAAUUUCCCACUCCCUCUCCAUAUACCUCAAGCCCCUUACAGUUUAAAUUACUAUCAAACUCUGUAUGUGAGCAUGGUCAAUGAUUCGAUCUCUACAGCUCACUGGAUUAGCAAAUGUCAAAGAUUCAUUGGGAGACCACAAUUGGUGCAGAUCAGAAAUAACAUCUCCUCCCUGACAACCAAUACUGGAACACCUCAACAAUGUGUGCUUAGUCCACUGUUCUACUCUCCCUAUAGGCAAAUAUGCCACUGACACAACUAUUGACAGAAUUUCAGAUGCUGGCAAGGCAGCGUACAGGACUGAGAUCAGCUGGUUGAGUGGUGUCACAACAACCUUGUGCUCAAUGUCAGCAAGACUAAGGAAUUGACUGUGGAAUUCAGGAAGAGGAAGUCCAGGGAGUAUACACCAGUCCUCAUCAAAGUGUGAGCAGUGGAAAGGAUAAGCAAUUUCAAGUUACUGGGUGUCUACAUCCCUGAAUCUAUCCUCGGCCCAACAUACUGAUGUAAUUACACAGAAGACAAGACGGCGGCUAUAUUUCUUUAGAAGCUUGAGAAGUAUCGUUUAUCCAUUACGAAGUCCAGUUUAAGACUGCAUAAACUAAACACGGAAUAGCUACUAAUAUAGAAAUAGCUCAUAUCUUCUCAUCAUCAAAAAUGGUCUCGGCCUGAAACGUCGACUGCACCUCUUCCUACAGAUGCUGCCUGGCCUGCUGCGUUCACCAGCAACUUUGAUGUGUGUUUUCUGAUUCUCUGCCUGUUCUCUUCCAAGUCACACCAUAGGGGACUAGUUUAUUUCCGAUUGGACGGAGUCAUUAGCCUUCCUGGUGCCGUCAUUGAAGGAAGCUGCGGGGAGUUGUGCCGAAGCUACAACUGUUAAAGUGAUCGGAGAGACAAUAUCUGUCAAGGUCUUCAAGAAUAGCGGUGUUUAAAAAAAGCAUGAUAUGCUGAGUUGUGCAAGGGAGAUAGUUCACAGUUCCUGAAACAGGAAAUAAGCGGUGUUUGCUUUCUGCUGAGGAAGGAAAGACUGAAAGAACAAGCAGUAUCGUUAAGAAUAAUGUGAACGUAUUCACAUUUUGGUGGGUCAGUGUAUUUCUGAGGUUGUCUUGCCAAUAGCUCUGCUGGAAUGAAAGUGUUCUCUUCCCAGUUUUCUCUAUCGUCGAUCAAUACUCACUUGCGCGUAAUGUUCGGUAAGGAGUCGUUUCAGUCUAUUCCAACUCCCUGCCUUCACAUGAUCUGAACUUGAAACAAGAUCUCAAACAAAGAUAGCGAAGACUCGUUCUGCUUGUGUUUGAUGCAUGAACCUUCAGAAGCUAACGGUUGAUUUCCCCACUUCAACCGUUGUGCAGCGACUCCGUUCUACCUACAGAAUUUCUCAUAUUACGAGUUUCAAGGGAAGGGGAAAGAGUCUUUCGAGGAAGGGCUAUGUUGGUGAAGGAGUUCAGGAUUUGCAUGCCCCUAACAGUAGAGGAGUACAGAAUUGGACAGCUAUACAUGAUAAGCAAACACAGCCAUGAGCAAAGUGACAGAGGAGAGGGAGUGGAGGUGGUGCAGAACGAGCCCUAUGAGGAUCCUAUUCAUGGCAAGGGCCAAUAUACAGAGAAGAGAGUUUACCUUAACAGCAAGCUUCCUAGCUGGGCUAGAGCAGUGGUUCCACGGAUUUUUUACGUCACAGAGAAAGCUUGGAAUUAUUAUCCAUACACUAUCACAGAAUACACAUGCUCUUUUUUGCCUAAAUUUUCCAUUCAUAUAGAGACAAAGUAUGAAGAUAACAAUGGAUCAAAUGAUCAUAUCUUUGAUUCAGAGGCAAAAGAUGUUGAAAGAGAUGUGUGUUUCAUUGAUAUCGCUUACGAUGAAAUUCCUGAACGAUACUACAAAGAUUCUGAGGACCUCAGGUAUUUUAAGUCAGAGAAGACACAACGAGGCAUGCUAAAAGAAGGCUGGAGGGAGACUCAGAAACCUAUCAUGUGCUCCUAUAAAUUGGUGACUGUGAAAUUCGAAGUUUGGGGACUUCAGACAAGAGUGGAACAAUUUGUGCACAAGGUCAUUCGGGAUAUUCUGAUGAUUGGCCAUCGGCAAGCUUUUGCCUGGGUGGAUGAGUGGUAUGACAUGACAAUGAAUGAAGUCCGAGAAUUUGAACGAGCAACUCAGGAAGCCACCAACAAAAAAAUUGGAGUUAUUCCUCCUGCGAUUACUAUCAGCAAUAUCGUUAUGCCUUUGUUAGCCCGCAGUGGACCAUCCAGUGCUCCAACCACACCUCUUGCUUCAGAAGCUCCAGAAUUUCUGGCAAUUCCCAAGGAUCGUCCUCGGAAAAAGUCUGCUCCAGAAACUCUUACCCUUCCAGAUCCUCAGGAACAAUGCAGCUUUUCUACAACAUCCAAUGUCGAUGCUUGUGGCGAGCCUUCUGAUCCCAAGCAUAACUAACAUUUUGCCUCUUGGAGGGUCUACUUUCAGAUCUCAGUAUUAGAUAAUAUUCUUCUUUAUCUGUCACUUGUUUUCCUCCUUAAUGUCAAACUCGCAUGCUAAUUGCCUGUUUCUUUGGGUCCCUUGAGUGUAAAUUGCAAAGGAAACAUUGUGCUCCAUGUCUACAAUUUUUUUCUUUCUUAAAAUGGAGUAAAGCUUCUCCCCACAGGGAAUAUCAUUAUAGGGAGUGAAUACUGUUUCCAAGUGUUGAUGACAAGUAAACCUGACUGCUGCCAAUGUAUAUUAAAAAUUCACAGCUGCCUUGCCCAUCAUUUUCCUAGCAUUGAUAGCCAAGGGAGCCAAAUCUCAGAACACUGUGAUUUUCCAGGAGGUGCUGCUGGCAGAUGAGAUUUAUCCCAAUGUGUUACACACAUUCACAUACACGUCUCAGAGCAGUAAAAUUUAAACUUGUUUCCUGAGCCCGCUGAUUGAACUCAGGAGUAAUUUGUUACCUCCUGCAUAGCUAUAGAUGUGCUUUAAUGACUUGGGACAGGUGUUAUUUAUCCAACGUCAGGAGGACCUAAGCAGAUGUAUAGAGUUCCAAAACAAUCAGAAUUUGUUGGCUUUUGUUUCAGGUCAGGAUUCAUGAUGUCCUUCGGCAGUGCUCAGCACAAUUCACCAGUGAUAGACUAUGGAAUAGACCCAUAAAAUGAUAUAGCGGAGAAUCAGGCCAUUAAAUCCAUAUAAUUUGUGCUGGUUCUUUGAAAGAGCUGAGCUUUUAUUCCCAGUUUCCCUCACUUUCCCAUAAUGUGCACAUUUUUUUCCUUUCCAGUUCCCUACUGUUGCUCUUUCAAGCAGAGCAUUCCUCCUGUAAAAAUUCAUUGUCAAAAAUAUUUGCUUAAUUAUACCUUUUUUUUUGGUUGUUAUUUUAAAUGCAUCAUUUGAUUACCAAGACACCUUCCAGUUUCCAAAAAUAGAGUUAUAAAUCUCUGAGUAAGUAUAUUUCUCUCAGUGCUGUAGUGGCAUCAGACUCUUUCCAGAGUUUCUGAUAAGCCAGUCAAAACUUGAUGUUAUUGUGCUUGGGCGAAGAAAACUCAGCCUAACUUGUGCCUCCUGAUGACAGAGCAAGGCUCAAAAAUGUUAGUCAAAAAUUUUGUUUUAUGUUGUGCCAUACAAAGAGCAGGUCUUUGGAUAAAACAUUCCUGGCUAUAGUGAGAAAAUUGCGUAAAAGUUUCAGGCGUAUUAAUUUUAAAACAAUAGAAAAGCACAUACAGUUACAAGUACCAUGAUGUGUAUGUGUGCUAAGAUGGAGUUUAUUCUCAGUAUCUCCACAACUCUCAUUUUAUUUGAGAACAAAUUUUAAAACAGUAUAUGUAAUAAUUAUUUUGGCUAUACACCUAUUUUGCCGUUUUGGAAAAGAAGGAAGGAACCAAGACUACUAAAUAAUAGUUAACAUCUCUGUGCUAAACAAAAGACAUAAAAAUGCUUUGAAUAUCAAAGCAAAACUUUAAUUAAAUCAUUUGAUGUAUGCUGAUGUUAAUAUUCUCACCAAAACACAUUUUCAUUAAUGUGUAAAUUGAAUGCAACUCCCUCUACUGUACUAAUGGUUUUCAGUCAUUUAAAUAUCUAUAAAGUUAAGAGUUAGCUAAUUUAUUUCUCUGUUAUCUAAUUAUUUCCCCUUUGAUAAUUGAAUAUUUAAUUAGCUCUGUUUAACACAGCAUUGACAAUGGCCAUUUGAAAACUCAACAGAGUACACAGCAUUCACGGUGAUACCAAACUAGAGAAUGGACAAACUCGACGUGCAGAAGUGAAGGCAUGUUCAUUCAGAAUUUCUCUUAGUGCCUCGAGAUGUCUUUAAUCAUGCAUUGUAUGUUACUGCCAUGGAUCAAGUCUGUUUGCUUGGUCCAGACAAUCAUAAAAGCUUGUUGGCUGCUCUUAUUAAAACCUUUGUCUUCAGAACUUAUAAGAUUUUACCCUGCAACCAAUUCCACAUACAAUCUCAUAUUUUUAAAGAUAGGGGAUUUGUUCUUUUUUUUACCAUUGACACCAAUUUGGCAAAAGAACUCAGUUCAUGAUUAUUUAUACUAUAAUAAAAUAUAACAAAGGUGUCACAUUCUACCUGCACUGGGUGCCUGUUUGAAGCCAUUUUCAUUUGUAGGGCUGCUGUUUUGUAAUACUGGCACUGAAGUUUGUAGUUAUCUUCAGCACUCACCACUGUUCAACUAUUCAUAAGCAACAAGAUUUCUUUAAUAACACACACAAAAUUCUGGAGGAAUUCAGCAGAUCAGAUCUACGUGAGUAAAUAUAGCAGUGAAAGUACUUUGUUAUGCAUAUUUAAACACAAUUAAACUGAUAGUAAAAUUAAACUGAUAUGUAACAUACAUAAAGUGCUGGAGGAACUCAGCAGGUCAGACAGCAUUUGUGGAGGAGAAUAAACAGUUAAUGUUUCAGCCCAAGAAUCUUUAUCAGGACUAGAAAGAAAGGGGAAAGAAGCUAGAAUGAUUCCCUCUCUAUUCCCCCUUCCUUUCCAGUCCUGAUGCAGGGUCUCAGCCCAAAAUAUCAACUCUUUAUUCCUUUCCAUAGAUGCUGCCUGAUCUGCUGAGUUCCUUCAGCAUUUUGUGUUUGAGUUACUCUGGAUUUAAGCAUCUGCGGAAUCUCUUGUGUGUACAAGAUUCCUUUUUCAGUUUUUUUUCAUUUUAAGUCUCACGUCUUAUUUCCAGAAGAGGAAAUUCUUCAAGUGGAUACGGUUCUACAAACAUAAGUCAGAAUCAGAGUCACUAAAUUGUAUGUCAUGAAAUUUAUUGUUUUGCAGCAGCAGUACAGUGCAAAGACAUAGAAAUUACUAUAAAUUACAAAAUAUAACUUGUUCAAAGUGGCCUUUGUACACAGGACCCCUGACCAUGAACCAUUUGAUCACAGACACAAAUCCAAACUUGUAUACUUCCCACUGGUUUUGAUUAAGUGGGGAAGUUGAAGUGAUUCCUACUAAUUGUCACAACCCCAUAAUUGUUACAGCUUUAAAUCACAGUCUGAGAUAAGCGAACAAACUAACUGAGACACUUGUAGAUCCAGAGAGAUUUAAUAUAAAAGUAGUAACAGGUAUGAAGACUUCUGGUCACAGAGAGUACAUGAUAAAGUGGUAGAUAAUAGCAAGUAUCUCCUUUCCACUGAAACUUCAUAGCAGCAGAGUUCAACUGAUAAAAUUGUAAUCUAUGUCCACAUUUAAUCUCCCUUCACCAGACUACCACAAGAGUCUAUUCAAAAGACUGCAAAAAUUAAUCAAACAUAACCUAAAGUUGCUUUGGUAGACCCCUCAUGACCUGGAAAAAGAUCAUUCACCUUAUCUGGAGAAUAUUGUUUACCACAUCUGAGGACGAAAGAUGAACUAUGGAUAAGCUCAGUGGGUCAGGUGUCAUUCUACUGACGUUUCAUCAGUCUGAAAUGUUAACUCUGUUUUGAUGAUGCCUGACCUGCUGAACAUUUCCUGCAUUUGAGUUUUUUUUUUAAAUUUUGGAUUCCUACCAGCAUUUUUGCUUUUAAUAAAUCAAAGCUAUUUGCAAAAAUAGUUGGUUAAGCAUUUUAUGAAAAUCAUCUUUUUAAGCAGAUAUUUCUUAACACUUUGUGAUUGAUACUAUAAAGGAAACAUUUGAGAUUAGUAGGAUUAUUUAGAUAUCAUAACAAUACAUUUACAAUGGGAACUGCAGUUAUAAAUAUUUAAAAUUGUAUGGUAAUAGUGACUGAAAUAAAAUAUUUUUCCUAACUAUUGUUAAAAGAAACAUUUUCAAUAUGUUAUGUCCAGUUUGCCUCAAUGCCCCAAGCUGUGUAGGUUGUGUUUUUAUUGACUAUAUUUCCACAAACCAAUUCCCGCGUAUCCCAAAUGCAAACUGGAUUUCUUUGAGUACUGGAAUAUGCAGAACCUCUGUAUAAUGUUCUGGUUCAGUAGACCUAGCAGUUUACUCAUCUUACUGUGGGGAAUCUCUUUCUGUAAAGCAUUAUCUUUUAUCCAAUGCUUGGAACUUUAAACUACUGAGGAAGUUAUUUCCAAAAAUUGCAGUUCAGCACAACAGAUUAGAAUGCAAAAAAUGGUCUGGUGCUGAUCCAAUUGGCGGAUAUCCUGAUCUCAGAUGGGUCACUGCUUGGGAAGCUACAGUUUUCCUCAGCACUUUGUGUUAAGGAAAGCUAAAAUCAUUCUGAUCUCCUUCUCUUUUGAAUCUAUUUGAUAGCAUAUAGGCAGAGACCCAAUGAGUCAAGAUCUAGUUUGUGGUUCCCCCCGAGCUGCAGUUGAACAGCCUGUGAACAUAUUAAGGCUCAACAAUGAACAGUGGCCACUUGAGCUAAAUUGUUGCACAACUACUGCGUGAGGAGAAUCACUACCCUCAGGAGGAUGAGAACAAAACGUGAGAAAGAGUAAAGCAUUAGUGGAACGCUAAUAACGUGGACCUUAGAAGAAUGCGGGAAAAAAUGACCUGAAGCAACUCUUAUCUUCAGAUGUUCAAUGACACGUAAUCCAUUAUGCUUGUGUUUACAAAAUGGAAGGUCCAUCUCCUGGCAAACUUUGAACAGUUUUGCAUAGAUCUGUACUGAGUAUAAACAGUAUGAUGUAAAUAUUAUGAUGAUUUGUUAAUUUAAGGAUGAAGUUACUCGGUGACUGGUUUACCUUAUUAGAUGGGUUGAAGGAUGAUCCACUGUAAUAGUUUGUUACCUAGCAUGUUAUAAUAAACCAAAUGUAGUAAAAACUUCACAUAGCUUUUAAGCAGAAUUACCAUUGAAAGAAAUAAAAAACUUUUCUCUCUGAAUUAAGGUUAAUUGCUUCUGUAGAGUAAUUGUACUAAUCGUCCUACUUGAUCUGUACUAUGUAUUAUCUUCACUAGAAAGAUUAUCUUUACUAGACUUAUGUAGAAAAAUGCUAUCAUUUUCUUCUCCAUGAGAACAACCAUUACACAAUGCAUAAAUAACAAGUGGCAAGCAGCUCUUCAAGGCUGAAAUUAUAAUUCUUUGUAUGAAAUGGCUAUGGAGGGAAGAAUCAGCUAAACAAAUUGGGAAAGUGAAGAAGAAUUUUGGUCAG